AGGACAUCGGACAUCGGACGGUGUGGUUGUGGAACGUAUUCGGUUGCGCUCUGAUGGUGCGUGUAUUCUUCAGAGAGAUUGUGCCACAUUCGGAAAAAUGACGGCGCACGAUCAAAUGCGAGCUAUGCUCGACCAGUUAAUGGGCACCGGACGAAAUGGUGAGAAUAACAAAUUUCAAGUGAAAUACUCCGACUCGAAGGUCUGCAAGAGUUUUUUGCUGGCCUGCUGUCCCCAUGAAAUCCUAUCUUCGACGCGCAUGGACCUGGGAGAAUGCCCCCAGAUUCACGACUUGGCCCUACGGGCUGACUACGAGGCGGCGCAAAAGAAGAAGGAUCACUUUUACGACAUUGAUGCAAUGGAACAUCUUCAAAAUUUUAUCGCUGACUGCGAUCGCCGUACGGAACAGGCCAAGCAGCGGUUGGCGGAGACGCAGGAGGAGCUGAGCGCGGAAGUGGCAGCGAAGGCGAACAAUGUCCAUGUACUCGCCGAGGAAAUUGGUAAGAAACUAGCCAAGGCCGAACAGCUAGGCGAGGAAGGUUUUGUCGAGGAGUCGAUGAAGCUGAUGGGCGAGAUCGACGAGUUGCGUAAGAAGAAGAACGAGGCAGAACAAGAGUAUCGAAACAGCAUGCCGGCAUCAAGUUACCAGCAGCAAAAGCUAAGAGUGUGCGAGGUGUGCAGCGCCUAUCUUGGCAUACACGACAACGAUAGACGACUGGCGGAUCAUUUCGGCGGAAAGUUGCAUCUCGGCUUCAUCAAGAUCCGCGAAAAGCUCGCGGAACUUCAGAAGACCGUCGAGGAGAGGCGUAAGGAAAAGCGUGAGUCCAUGCUCGACAGGAGACGGGACAGAGACAGGGAGGAUCGUGACAAGGAUCGUGAUAGGGAUCGGAACCGCGGAGGAUUGGGCUACAGAGACCGCGAGCGUGAGCGCGACCGUGAGCGCGACCGUGACCGUGAUCGUGAUCGCGACCGCGAUCGCGAUCGCGAUCGGGAGCGCAGAGACAGGGACAAGAGAAAUAUAUAUAUAUAUAUAUAUUUAAAAAAUACAAAAUCAAAACGUUCUCGCAGUGGUAGCCACAGCCGUCGAUCUCGUUCUCGCCGCAGUGGAUCUAAUGACCGUAAGAGAUAAGAGACAGUAUGAAAAUUAUGCUCAAUCAUUUAUUUUCUCUCCUAUACGCGCACUUUCGUAAGUACGAAUUAUCGCGCUGUGGACAGUCAUCUAUAGCAAAUGUGAUGCUCUGUAUUGACGUAAACUUUGUACAUUACUCGUCAUCUAAUUGAUAUUGAUACUCUCUAUUUAUGCAGAAUCUACUCUUAUAUUAAAAUUUAUCUUAAACUUUGUUUAAAUACUAAUCUAUGUAUCAUCUCUACAUAUUUUGAAUUUUAAAAUAGUUUUAAUCUAUUGUAAAUAAGAAUAUAGCUUAAGUAUGAUUUGUAUUGACAAUUGUUAUAUGUUUAACAUACUUGAGCAUAUGUAAUAAUAGUGAUGAUAAAUAAUGACGUUACAUUAUUCGUCAUCCUAUCCUAAUCACAAAAUAUAACAUUGCUAUUAAAUAAUUAUUUAAAAGAAUGAUAAAUGAUAAAAAAGAAAAUAAAUAUCUGUUUGUUUCGGAUAUAUAUAUUGAUCUUUGAAGAGAAAAGUAAAACGAAAAUAGUUUUUUGAACAUUCUGCAUGUAAUAAGAGUUGGGAAAAAACCGUCAGUCAGGGAAACAUAUUUCGGUAAGAAGUACAUCAAAUUGAGAGAGAGAGAGAGAGAGAGAGAGAGAGAAAAAAAAUAAGGUGUGAAUUCAGAUUCAGGAUUAACUUCUAACUCUAAUUUCCAGAGAGUAUUAAAAGAUGCAUAUUUUUAUUCUCGUGUCAACGUAAGAUAAAAAAAAUAUAAAUGUGGUUAUCGAAUAGAUAAUGCAUUUCAACAGAACGAUUAUUGGAAUAAUGUUUAAUGAACAGGUUUUUUUUUUAAAUACCAGAAUAUUUUAUUAAUCUUGUAGCAAUUAAACUUUGCAUAUAAUUUAUUAUACAUUCGAAUUCUCUUGAGACAUAUUACAUUAAACAUAUGUAGACUAGAAAAAUAAUGUUUUACAUUAUAUGUACACAAGAUUAAAUAGAUUAAAUACACAAUAAAAAUAUCUACCAAAAA